AGUUCUCGAGUCGUCUGUCCUCGGCGGCGGUCCGCGGGUGACAUGCAGUCCCUCAUCUCUCCGGUGACCAAGGCUAUCCUGGUGGCUUUGUUCAUCUUCGCCAUCCUGCUGAUCCUCUACGUGAUUCUGUGGUACAUCUGCCGCGAUGUGGAUUGCGACCAUGGGAUCUGAGCGGCGCCGCGGGGCCAGGGCUUAGGAGCCGGGAUUCACCCCGCGGGGCCGGGAGCGGCAGCGGGAGCCCCUCCGGGCGGCAGCCGCCGCCACCGCGGCCGAGCAGGGGAACAGAAGGGGAAGGAAAGAAAAGAGGAAAAAAAGAAAAAAAAAAAAACCAAAACAAAAAUCGAGAGAAGGACCGAGCCGAAAGAGCCCGGAGGACAACCGCGAUCAAGAAACCAACCUGAGCUUGACCUUCAGAGACCAGGGUGACCCGUUUUCCCUACACAAAAUGGAAAGGUUGCUAUAGUGACUGGAGGCACUAAAGGAAUUGGUUACCAAACUGUGAAGCAUUUGGCAAGACUUGGCAUGCAUGUGAUAAUAGCUGGAAACAGUGAAAAUGAUGGCCAAGAAGCGGUGAGGAAAAUAAAAGAAGAAACUUUGACUGGAAAAGUGGAGUUUUUAUACUGUGAUUUGGCUUCCAUGAAGUCUAUACGGCAAUUUGUGCAGCAGUUUAGAGCAAAGAAUUGUCCACUCCAUGUCCUGGUGAAUAAUGGAUGUACAGCACAGAUGGUGGAGACUAAUUGGGGUGGAGGGCAAAGCGUCUAUGUGCUCUUGAAAUCCUGUGCCUCUCUGGAGGUCGAGGCUGGGGUGAUGCUGGUCCCUGAAAGGAAGACGGAGGAUGGGUUUGAGGAGCAUUUCGGCUUGAACUACUUGGGACACUUCCUGUUGACUAACCUCCUCUUGGACACGCUGAAGCAAUCAGGAACGCACAGCCACAACGCUAGGAUCAUCACUGUCUCAUCAGCCACCCAUUAUGUAGGCAAAUUGCACCUGAACGACUUACAAAGCAGAUGUUCGUAUUCAUCCCAUGGAGCCUAUGCCCAAAGCAAACUUGCCCUUGUGUUAUUUACCUAUCGACUACAGCAUCUUCUGACUGCAAAUGGAAGCCAUGUGACUGCUAAUGUAGUAGACCCUGGAGUAGUGAAUACUGAGCUCUACAAGCAUGUCUUUUGGGUUGUGAAAGUGGUGAAAUGGAUGACAGCCUGGCUGUUUUUCAAGACUCCAGAGGAGGGAGCCUCUACAACCAUCUAUGCAGCAGUAUCGCCUGAGUUGGAAGGAGCUGGUGGCUGCUACCUUUACAAUGAGGAAAGGACAAAGUCGGCUGAUGUAGCAUAUGAUGAGGAGCUGCAGAGAAGGCUCUGGACAGAAAGCUGCAAGAUGGUUGGGAUUUCUGAUGAAGCCAGCAGGCUUCCCUAGAAGAAGUCACUUUCAGCUGGGUAAAUAAAAUGCAUUGAAAAGCAUCCUAGGCAAAUUCUUGCAGCAUCAGUCAUCAUCCUGGAAAUCACUGUUCAGUCGCAAAGGCAAACGUGAACAGCUCUGUUCUUCACUUGGAUCCCUAAUCUGCUAGGGUGUGGGGGAAAUAUUCCCACAGAAAGGUGUAGUGGUUGGUUUUAAAUCUAACCAUCAGUUUUGUAAAUCAUUCUGUUUCAGUCCGUGAUUAAAAUACAAUCUUUAAACAUGUGCAGAGAUGAGUUUUCAUUGUUUUGUUCAACAAAAAUAAUGCUUGAGCAUGUUGUUCUGGGAGGUUUUGAACUUAAACCACCUUUGUACAUAUAAGUUAGUCUUUUAAAUCAGUUUUAAAAGUUGCAGCUUUAUUUUCUUAAGCUUCAUUAAUCUUUAAGACACUUUCAUCAGCUUGUUCUAAUGCAGAAAUUUGGCUUUCAUGAUCAUGAUGUUGUUUCUGUCUUAAGGUUAGUUUUAUAUGUCAGCUUUUAUCCAGAGGUAUUAACUGAAGGUCAGAACAACAAGAAAAAGUAAUAAAUAAGGUCUUCUUCAAA